AUGGACGGUACACUGAUGGUCAUUUCCCUUCUCUCAAUUGUAUACGGAGCCCUACGCUGCAAUAUUCUCGCCAUAAAGAUACGUUAUGAUGAUUAUGAAGUAUCCGUGCGUCCACUGGCAUACCUGUGUGUGUUUCUGUGGCGAGGGUUCGAGAUUGCCACACGUGUGGCUGUUCUGGUCCUCUUCAGCUCCGUGAUGAAGGUAUGGGUGCUUCCGGUGGUGUCGGCCAACUUCGUCCUGUUCUUUCUGCACCCGUGGGUUCUCUUCUGGAGCAGCUGCUCUCCAUUCCCAGAGAACAUCGAGAAGACAUUGACCCGUGUCGGGACCACUAUUGUCCUCUGCAUGCUGACCUUCCUGUACGCCGGCAUCAAUGUGUUCUGCUGGUCUGCCGUUCAGCUCAGAUUGGACGACCCUGACCUGAUUGAUAAGGGUCAGGCAUGGAGGCGCCUCGCUGUGUAUUAUUCCCUUCGUUUUGUCGAGAACACAGGGCUGACUUUGAUGUGGCAACUCUUCUCAUCCAGUCCAGCCCAGGGCUUUUGGGAGUGCUGUGGAUCCCUCUGCCUGCUCCGUGGGACGUUUUCCCAGUCUGGCUCCAUGAGGACCAAGCCACCAGGGAAAGACGUUGGAGACGAUCCACCCUGCGCUACCAAAGGGGACAUUGGGCAGAGUUUGUGCGGCGCAGUGUGAGCAAAGCACAUCUUGAAGUUUUUUUGUACAACGAAAGUUAACGGGGUCUGAUGCUGAUUUGGACCUCACUGAUAUUCAUUGCAUGGACAAAAACAGCUCUCUUAUAUGAAAUAUUUUCUCUUGCGGAUUUCUGCCUUGAUACUUGAUGGUGGAAUGUAAAAGUCAACAUUUGUUGAACUUUGAGAUGAAUAUACUUAUACUUGUUUUGUUUACAAGGCCUACGAGCCAGCAUGUUCCACUGAAGUGCAUGUGAAAUUCCCUAACAAGAUGAAACCGUUGCUUUUGUCAUGUGAUGUGGGAGCGCUUUGUCCCUCGUUCGGUGUUGGUUUGAUUAAUGUCAUAGCUUCUACGCUGUCUCUGUAUCUAGAUUAUUUAAAGCAGAUGUAUUCAAAAAAAAUGAUUUGCUUGAGUUAUAAGCUGUUGAUUUUUCCAUCACCUUGAGGCCAUUGCUUUCUGAAAAAUGUUUGACAACCUCUCAGGGUCAUCAUUAAUACUUCUAUUCUUAUUGCUCUGCUCAUACUGCGUAUAAAAGACUGAAAUUAGUCCUGAUUGGUCAUAUGAUUGUGUCCUAUCAUAUGAUUACAUAUGGCCUAAAUUCAAGAAAUUCAGAAUUGCUUUCAAAAUGUAAGGACUUUUGGAUUGUGAGAAUUACAUUUGGGUUGCCAGGACCUUCAUAAUCCUGCAAAGAAUGAUUUAAUUUAUUGUUUUUUCUUUCCUUGUUUACACUCCUGUUUUGCACUUGCCUUAUCUGGGGACCUCUUUUGCACAUUAUUCAGAUUUUUCAUACAAAAAGUAAAAAAAAAAAAGCCAUUAUUUUCAUUGAGGGCAAUAGAUGAUUGUAUUCUAACUUUACUGCCCCCCUGUGGGGAGAUGAAUGGUUUGAGUUUAUUCAUUCUGCAAGACUUUGUGAUCAGGUUACAUCUGGAAACUCCCUCAAAACUUGUCCUUCAGAGCGCUUCACUGCUUUUGAUAUGUGCAACUGUCAGCUAA